CGGCUCCAACAGCAAACUCGACAGGCAAACUGCAGACCGCGAUCCAGCUGCCGGAGCGAUGUCUGGGAUAUUUCAAAACAUCCUGAAAGGCGGAUCUAAAGAUUCAGCCUCGGGAGGGUCGCAGCAAGAUGAUUCGGAUUUCGCGGAUUUCUCGGCUACUUCCCAGCAGCCCGUCGCUUCGGCCUCUACCGCAUCGGCUCCGGGCUCUACCAUCGCUGCGCCGGUGAUGUCUGUCCCUUACACGAAGUGGUACCGUGUGUGGGAGCGGACGUCGCCAAAGGACUUUAUGCAAGAGGCCUUCGUGCUCCCGUUCAUCCUGUUUAUCGUCAUCUUCCAUGUCUGGGGGACGCGGAAGAAUCGUCGCAAGGCCAAGGCCUGGGCCCAAGCUCACAUCCCGGUGCUGCACAAUGAAUUCGCAGUUGUGGGAUACAGAGGGGUGCGAAGGGGUGCCAUUUUGAAGGACUUGUCUUCCUCGGCGGAUUUGGUUAUUGACGACAACUUGUUGAGAGAAAAGGCUGCGAAUGAGUUCACUACGUAUGCGACCGGACGACAAAACGUGGCAUUUGUAGAUGUGACGAUUCAGCUGGUGAAGCGAUAUAACCCCAUGUUCAUCCUGGGCGAUUCCAUUGCGGGAAUGUUCUUUGAUUCGUUGACUCCUCAGACGGAGAAGAUCGAGGUCACUGCCUACUCGUUUGACGGCAAGGAGAAGGAUUUAGUUCCUGCGCCUCCAGCAGAAAAGGAGCAAUUGGGUAAGGGGAUGAACUCUACGCACGACGGAUUUGUCUUUGCUAUUGUGAAUAAGACUGCCAUGCGCAGGUUAAGAGAAGACCGAUACGAUGUCUCUUUGACCUUCACCAAAGACAAUCCCAAGCUUCCUGAAUGGGUGACUGUCAUGAGCGAGAGCGCCGAGAUCACAGAUACCAUACUCACAAACGAACUCAUCAAGGCUAUCGAGGAUGCUGGCGAUCUGUUUGAAUAUCUGAUCAUCACUGACCAGCCUGCCGACAAACCAGCCAAGGUUGAGGAAGCCGUCUCCCGCAAGCGUUCCAUUCUCUCCAUGCGCGUCCCGUCUUCCACCUCCUCUACCGCCUACGCCUCUUCUCUCCCUCUCUUCCACCUUUUCAUCCGUCUGACCGACCGACUUGCCGCUUCCGCCCAUUUCAGGCCAGAGGUCCUCCGCAAGCUCCGCGCCACCCGAGAAGAGGAGGUCCGUAAAUUACGCCGAGCCACCGAAGAUGAGAAAGCCGAAGAACGCAAGUUGGCUGCUGAGAAGGUGAAGAAAGAAGGGCGCGAUAGAUUGCUACGUGGCAUGUCUGCCGAGGAGCAGAGGAAGUACUUGGAGAAAGAGAAAGAGAGAGAAGCGAAGAAGGAAAUGAAAAAAUACUCCAGAAGGGCAUGA